AUGACUGACACAGUGGACGUGUAUUUCAACUAUGGGGGAGAAUGGGUCAAAAUCAUAAACUUGUUUGUUGUAGAUGAGGUAGAGGCGACUGUCCUUACUCAAAGCAUUCUGCAUCAUACUGAAACAUUCCAUGUUGAUGUUGAAGUAGUAUUUGAAAAUGAGCAUAUUAUUAGGGAUUAUGAUUUUGAUGUUGAUGCUUCUUCUGAUGUUGAAUAUGAUUUUGAAGGACUUGAGGUUAUUAUCAAACAAAGGAGGAGGGUAGUAAACGAUAGGUUGGAGAACUUUAAGGAGUUGGAUAAGGGCAUUACAUUUAAAGAUAUUGUGGAAGCUAGAUGGGUAGUGAACUAUUAUGCAAUUGCUAAUGGGUAUGGCUUGAAGAUUGAAAAAACAGAUCCUACUAGGGCUAGAUAUAUUUGUGAUGUUGGAUGCCCUUUUAGAUGUUAUAUCUCAAGGGAUAAAAAGACAAAUGAGAUUAGUAUCAAAAACAUGAAGGCAGAACACAAUUGUAGUCCUUGUUAUAAAAAUCCAAGGGUUGAUGCUAAGACAUUAGCACAAUACUUUAAGAAUAAAUUACAAAACAAUCCCAAGUAUACUAUUAAGGAUAUGAGAGGGGAAUUAAAGAAUGAUUUUAAGCUUAAUGUGACAAGAUCUAAUCUUAAAAGGGCUAAGGUGAUGAUCCUUGAGAAAUUAGAUGUGAGUUUCAAGGAUGAAUAUAACACGCUUGAAGCCUAUGGUCAAGAACUAAGACUAUCUAAUCCUGGGAGUGAUGUUGCAAUCAACAUAUCAAAGGAUGCUUUGGAAGAAGGAAAAAAGAGGUUCUUGAGAUUGUACAUAUGUUUCCAAGCUUUGAAGCUAGGCUUCAAAAGUGGACUGAGACCACUUAUUGGUUUGGAUGGUACUUUCUUGAAGGGAAAAUGCAAGGGUCAGCUAUUGGUGGCAAUGAAACAGAGUUCUAUGAAUCAGUUCUAUCCACUUGCUUGGGCAGUGGUUGACAAGGAAACAAGCAGGACCUGGAGUUGGUUUGUUAAACUUUUGAAGAGGUCUUUGGACCUAAAUAAUGGGGCUUGA